AAGCUGUAUAUUCCUAUUUAAUUUGUAAAUGUGUGUAAUCUCAUAUUUGGAAAAAUUCAGAGUAGAAAUAUUUGUACUAGCAUGUGAGAAGGUACUAUUAUACAUAUGUAUAAUCCAAUUGUUUCAAUUUUGAAGGACGAGAUGUUUCGAGAACAUUAUAGUGCUUCCAUAUAAGAUGUUUUGUUAUAGAUGAAAUAACUAGUUUAAAUACAUCUUUAAAAACAAGAUAAAGAGGAUGUAUUGCCUACAGUGGUUAAUUCCAGUGCUGCUGAUACCAAAACCAGUAAAUCCAGCACUACUGCAAACGCAUGUCAUGUUUAUGGCUCUUUAUCUAAUUGGAUUCUUCCUAGAACGAAAACCAUGUACUGUUUGUAGUUUAGUAUUUCUUCUUGCAGUUUUCCUAAUUUGUUAUAGUGGAAUUGGUAAUUGUCUCCUUUGGAGUACAAAUUGUGAUACAGUGAGAUGUGACAAUAGUUAAGGUUAUUAGAAUGUUUAUUCUUAAAUUAAAAAAAUGCCUCCACCUUUAUUUUUUUUAGAAGGAUAUGUCUAAUUAAUUCAUUAAUAACAUAACCUAUUCAUAGAAUUCAUAUAUAUUACUUAUAUAUGAAUCUUAUUAAUAAUAUGCAAAUAUGAUUUUAUAAUCUUAAUUGUAGUUUUUAGGUGUUAUACAUGGUAUAUGUAUUUAUAUAUGUACAUAUAUACAUGAGUAUGUACAUAUAUGUAUUAAUGAUAUGUAUUUAUAUACACAAAAGAAUAAAUUUGCUAGGUUACAAAAAGUUUGCAUGAAAUUAAGGAACUUCCAAAUGUAAAAUUAUAAUAGUUUAAUAUUAUAGAAUUAAGAUA